AUGGGCAAAUACACGCGAGCUAGCUUUAAUCGCGAGUUUACGCGGCCGCACGAUCUCAACACGCAUGUCCUGUCUCGAGUCACUGCAUCAAGAUUUGGGACCGGUAGUAUACAACCAACAGUCGAGAUCUCAACAAAACGCGUGGGAGUGCUGUGGGAACCAGGAGCAUCUGCCCGAUCGAGUGGCGAUCGACCAGCACACGCGCAAGGGCUGCGACAGCAGGCGGCAAAUUGGUUUCUAUCCACCGUGAUUUUGACCCCGGAUGAAGGGCCCGGCAAGGAUGCGCCACGAGAUGAAGCUGGUUGA